UCAAGUUUUGUGCGCGAUCACCCUGUGACAAAACACGAGUUGUGCUCGAAGUUUAAUGAGUUUGUUUUAUGUGAAAAAUAUAUAAUUAGUUUUAAAAGUUUUCGCGCCGAGGAAAUUGUUUACGCACCUAGAAUUUUAUUAGGAACUUGUUUACCGGUACAGAGCCGAGUAUAAAAAGACUGGAGCUAUUUAUUUUCCAACCAUUAGAUGAGGGCACAUCUACGGAGUGUAUAUUGCAGCAAUCCCGACAUUCCUGGAAAAUAUCAACCGGUAACAAUUCAAGAUGCAAGGCAAAUACUUCCUUCUGGUCUUAAUGAUAACGUUCAGUCACCACUUCGCCUCAUCGCACAUCUUAACGUCAGCGUACAUGGACAUGUCAUUACCGACAUGUAUGAGAAUACUGUCAUACACAUUGAUGAACGAUUUGUGCCCUACAUACGGAGUAUAUUACGCCGACUACUCUACCGAAGAAGUCAAUUUUCCGGCAAUGCCCAGGGAGGUGACCCUAAAAAAGUGGGAACAGAGAGAAUCUCUAGUAAAAAAAUGCUGUACAAAACCGUGUUCUUUAACAGAUUUGUUGUCAGUGUGUUAAAACAAAUGGAUUAAUAAAUUAAUGAAUUUAGCGACAAAACGAGUUAGAA